AUGAGGCUGGACGGAUCGCUUACCACGUUGACGUUUGACUUCAACGCAUGCAAGAUUGAAUAUCGCAGUUUUCAUUUGCCGCUACCAGCCUUAACUUGGAUCAGCACGGAUACCUGGACGGAUAUUGCCGCCCGAGAUUUCCGCAUCAUGGCUAACGUCCUGAUGGUAACCGUGGAGAGCACAGAGGUGCCUGGGUUCCAGACGUACCUGAGAGGACUCAACCCCUUCUUGGAGGAGUUCAAAGAUGAUCCCUGGCUACGGGAGAUCUGGGAGGGGGAAUUCGGUUGCGAGAUCGGGUCCCUGGAGGACUGGGAGUCUUCACGCACUUGCGCUCGUCAUACGCUCCUGGAAAAUGAGAAGAUAGCGAAGUCCGCCGUGUCCCCGUCCAUAUACCGCGUGUAUCUUGCAGUGUACGCUGUGGCACAGGCUUUAGCGGAUAUCGAGAGGUGUAAGGAGUCCCAGGGCUUACUGGCCGACGGAAGGUGUCCUUCAGUGCGACGCAUCAAAUCCUGGCAGCUCAUGAAAUACCUCAUGGCGGUGAAUUUCACCGUCGGCGGCAUCGGCCGGCAUGUGUCGUUCAACAGGGACGGUGGGAUCAUGGAUACCUUCAAGGUCAUCCAGUGGCACAGGUGUGAGGACGACGAGGUGCCAGACCCCGACUGUCAGAUUGUCCGGUUUGUCGAAAUUGGAAUCCACAAGGACGGCGUGUUGUACAUGAACGAGUCGAGAAGCCGUUGGUACGAUGACGACACCAAUAUUGACUUGCCUCCUGCAGGUGUGUGUCAGUCACCAUGCCCGCCGGGUACCAGAAAGGUCAGCCGAGAUGGCUUGCCUACUUGCUGCUUCCAGUGCGCACGCUGUCCCGAAGGCUCCUUCACAAAUACGACAGGACAACUUGUGUGCAUGCAGUGUCCCCAAGGAACCUGGUCGGAUCAGAACCGAUCUGUCUGUUAUCCUAAAACUCUUGACGUGCUACAGUGGGAUGAGGCAGUGAGUGUCGUGGUCAUGUGCUUCUGUGGUCUGGGCAUGAUCUGUACACUAAUGAUGCUUGUCACGCUCACGGUCUACAACGAUUCCGCCAUCGUGAGGGCCUCCAAUCGUGAGAUCAGCUACUGCCUCCUGACCUUGCUGGUCGUCUCAUUCCUGGAGCCUUUCCUCUACAUCGGCAUGCCUGUCGCAUGGUCGUGUAAUUUCCGCAUCGCCCUGCACAGCCUCAACAACACCGGUGUGCUGGCCAUCUUUGUGGUGAAAACGCGCCGGAUACUGGACGUCUUCGACACGACGUGGCGUGGAUUCUCGCUUCGCUCGCGGCUCCGACGUACCGGUCUGCAGGUCCUGAUCAUCAAUGUCUUAAUGCUGGUCCAGGGAAUCAUUGUCACCGUCUAUCUCAUCAUCCAGCCCUCAAGGGUACUCCUGGACCAGAACAUAUCGAACUCGAGGGUUUACGUACAGUGUGACAGCGCCAUUUUAGCCUUUGUGGCCAUGUACAGUUACAACGCCAUCUUGGCAUGCAUCAUUUUCGUGUUCUCGUUUCGGGCAAGGAAGAUCCCGGAGAACUUCCACGAGACACGAUACAUAACGGUGACCAUGCUGUUCUACAUGGUGAUCUGGGUGGUGUCCCUGCCCACCUACUUCUCCACCACCGGCAAGCUGCAGGCAUUAAUGCAGAUCAUCUCCGUAGUGCUGACAAACUAUCUGAUCCUGGGCUUCAUGUUUCUGCCCAAGUGCUACAUCAUCUUUAUCACGCCGGAGCGCAACACCACCCAGUCCAUUCGGGAACAGGCCUGCGGUUUCCGCAUGGGUGAGAUCAACAACACGCUGGUUGUGCAGAUGGACGGUGAAGCAAGACGGCCAUCAUCUCGCCUGUCAGGGUCUGAACAUGACAUUCACGGCAACCACUCAUAGCAGUGGUUUGUUCAGAGAUGCACAAUACAAUGGGAGCCCUUUCUGACACUUGGUGGCAGCAAAUAGACAAGGUCAAUUAACCAUAUUUUUGAACAAUUGAGGGCGCUGUAACGACGAGAUACUUGUGAAUAUAAACAGAGAUUGGUACAGCUCCGAAACUGCACCUUUUACGAUCUUUAUUUGUGUGAUAAAGUCAAGUUUCUA